GGCGCGGAGAUCGUCGACGCCUGCCUCGACGUAGUUAGGCGGGAGGCGGAGCAGUGCGACCGCCUCGCGGCCUUCCAGGUCUGCCACGCGCUCGGCGGCGGCACCGGCGGCGGCUUGGGUCCGCUGCUCCUGACCAAGAUCGCGGAGGAGUACCCCGACCGGGUCCUCGCGAGCUUCGCCGUCCUGCCGGGCUCGGCGCUCUCGGAAUCGCCGACGCAGCCCUACAACGCGGUUCUCGCGCUCCACCAGCUCAUCGAA